ACUAAAAACUCUAAGACGACUUUAUCAAAGACAAUAAAUAAAAAUAUUUCAGUCGUUUAAUAUUGUGUCACUUCUUGUCAAAUUCAAUUGAUUGUAACCAAACGUCACCGGCAUAAAAUUAACAAGAUAUGUAAAACAUAAGAUGAUUUCACCUUAAGAAAAUGUAAAAAUACCCUGCAAUUAUUUCAUAUAACAUACCCAAGACAAAUCAUACAAUUGUAAGAUAUUAGCAGGAUGUCGCACAUGGUAAUGAUAUGUGGCGCAGAAAGCAAGAUACAGAAUCAAUCCGUUCAUCGGACUCAACACGUAAGAGAUCAUCAACACCUGAAAAGAAACGAAAUUCGACACCUGAAAGGAGCCGAAGUUCAACGCCUGAGAGAAAACGAUUCCUAACACCCGAUGGGAGAAGGAACGCCACGCCUGAAAGAAGGAGGAGAAGUAGUGAACCAUCUUUAAGCAAGAAAGUAAACCAGCCAUCAUCCUAUUCAAAAACUGCUAUUAAGCGUAGUAAUAGUCCAAAAAUCAAAGAAGAUUCACACAGAGAUAAAAGUAAAUCAAACUUAAAGGUCAAAUUGAAAAACAAAGGGCAAGGUACUCAAGAAGUGUAUCCAGUUAAUAUCGUUAAAACAAGAAAUAAGCGAAGCCUUACGGAUAACUCAAAGUUUUGGCAAACAGUUCAACCAGAUGACUAUGUCGUUGAAACCGAUAAGAGUGGAGAAACCGUUGGUCACAGUAAAUCUGAAAAAAGACGGAGAAAACCUUUGAAAGUCUUGAUAAGACGACGAGUUUGGAACAUGUCAAAACGCAACAGUCAUUGGAAACAGUUAUUAGAAGAUAACAAUAUAGAUAUUGAGAAAAUAAAUAUCGAUAAAGUUGACCUAAGUCUUAUAAAUGUGGAUGGUUUGGGGAUCGAAAAUAAAUUUUUAUGCUUUGUGUUGAUUAAUUCUGCAGAAGCAAGAUAUUGUGGUUCAGGUGAUUCGCUAAAUUCAGAUCAUGUUACACAUACAAAUCCUCCAAUCGAAACAUCAAAAUCAAAUCAAAAUGGCGGAGGUAGGAACCGCUGUUGUCCAUACGACUUCGAUAGUAGACUAUGUAAAUCAAUCGGCGAUAGAAUAUUGUGUGGUUACGACAGAAAUAUUGGUAGACCUCAUAGUGGUGAAGAGAUAAACUUAAGUCAAGGCUGCCGAAUUCGUGGCGGCAGGUUGGAAUGCGGUUACGUAAAUGGACCAUUCACCAACCCUCGUAGACCACCAGGGAACGAUGAUGAUAGCUUUAAGCCCAACGAUGACGAUGAUGAUUAUCUGACAUACACCGAAAAAGAACAAGGUCAAGAACGCUUGAUUCACUUAAAGAGUACGACUACUAUCAAAAGAAUGAAACAAGCGACAAAAUGUCUGGAGAUUCACGAUCGCAUUGUCUGCCGUAGUCUGGUAUAG